AUGGCUCCUGGAAACACUGUGAACGAUUACGGUGCUCCGUCCACUCACUCGAGCAAAAUUCUCCGUCCCCUUAUCCUUGCCAACCAUGCCCUGCAUUGGAUAUCUUCCAUCAUCGUCAUGUCUAUUGCUGCGUACUUCAUUGCGCACUACAGGCACAACACGCAUCUCCGGUACUGGAUCUCAGUAGCUGCUAUCGAUGCGUUCCUCUACCUUCCCGCGCUGGCUCUUCCCCUCAUUAAGUCCUACAAGGGCUACCUCGCCCCACUCGCCUGGGUUUUCUCCUACCUCUGGCUCACAGCCUUCAUCUUCGCCGCGCAGGACUAUAAUUUUGACAACUGCGCGCUAAACUCUCCCGGUCCGUUUGUCAACAAAUGCUCGCUGAAGAAGACGCUUGAGGCAUUCGCUUUCAUUGCUUUCUUCACCAACCUUGUCGGAACGUUGAUCGAAGGAAGGCUUUGGGAUAUCCAGCGUUUCAAGGGCAACCACACGGCCCUUGGUACUGAAAAGCACCACGCCGCUCCUCUUGGAAGCGCGCCAGCCAUGACUGCGCCGCAAACCACCACGUCUGUCUAA